UCCUCUUCCCCUCGCCGCGGUGCCGCCCUCGCCCGCAAACCCAAACACUCCGGGCUGCCGGUGCGCGUGAUCUCCUGUGGUCGCUCGGGCCGAGAGAUGCUGCUGCUGGCUGCCGCCGGCCUGGUGGCCUUCGUGCUGCUCCUCUACAUGGUGUCGCCGCUCAUCAGCCCCAAGCCCCUCGCGCUGCCCGGCGCGCACGUCGUGGUCACAGGAGGGUCCAGUGGCAUCGGAAAGUGCAUUGCCAUCGAGUGCUUCAGACAGGGAGCGUUUAUAACUCUGGUCGCACGGAAUGAGGACAAGCUGCUGCAGGCGAAGAAGGAAAUCGAAAAGUACUCUAUUAAUGAUAAACAGGUGGUGCUUUGUAUCUCAGUCGAUGUGUCUCAAGACUAUAACCAAGUGGAGAAUGUCAUAAAACAGGCACAAGAGAAGCUGGGUCCUGUGGACAUGCUGGUCAACUGUGCAGGAAUGUCCCUGUCAGGAAAGUUUGAAGAACUUGAAGUUAGUUCUUUUGAGAAAUUAAUGAGCAUCAAUUACCUGGGCAGCGUGUACCCCAGCAGGGCAGUGAUCGCCACCAUGAAGGAGCGGCGGGUGGGCAGAAUCGUGUUUGUGUCCUCGCAGGCAGGACAGCUGGGGCUGUUCGGUUUCACAGCCUACUCUUCAUCCAAGUUUGCCAUAAGAGGAUUGGCAGAAGCUCUGCAGAUGGAGGUGAAACCUUAUAACGUGUACGUCACUGUGGCCUACCCGCCGGACACGGACACCCCGGGGUUGGCGGAGGAAAACAAGACUAAGCCCCUGGAGACCCGGCUUAUUUCAGAGACUACAGCUAUUUGCAAACCAGAGCAGGUGGCCAAACAAAUUGUCAAAGAUGCCAUACAAGGAAAUUUUAAUAGUUCCAUUGGCUCAGAUGGGUACAUGCUGUCAUCACUCACCUGUGGGAUGGCCCCCGUGACUUCCAUCACGGAAGGACUCCAGCAGGUGGUCACCAUGGGCCUUUUCCGAACCAUUGCUUUGUUUUACCUGGGAAGUUUUGAUAAUAUAGUUCGCCGCUGCAUGGUGCAGAAAGCAAAACCUGAAACUGUAGACAAAACUGCCUGAUUCUUGCCCCUCGGACAAAAGACUGUAUCCAGUGAUCUGAACGGCUUGCUGCUAAUGGACCUCGGUUUUUGGCCUCCGGACUCUUGUGUCUUGUUUUUGAAUGUGUGAGAUUGGACCCAGUGCUCUUCAGGAAUCUGGCUGCAAGCAAGGGACGGCGCUGUCUCUACAACAUGACCGUUAACACUAUGCAAACACGGACCAGGACACCAUUGGGUUUUCUGGGCUUUGAGGCGGAGUGGUGAUCAUGUGAGAACUAGUAACAGGAGAACAGGGUAAAGAAGAGAAUUCCAGAAUGGUAAAUUUGGUUUUUUCAUUUAUCCCCCUCUUGCCCAUAGAGAUCAAGAAGUGUACUUGGUGGCACAUAAGAACUUCUGAGGGUUUCUUUUGUUUUUUGGUCUUAAUUUUUCAUGAAAGAUGGUGUCUGGGUUUUCAUUAGGGUUUUUUUUUUUUUUUUUUUGGUUUUUAAUUUUUUUUAUCAUUUUUUUAUUCAAGGUGUGUCUUCCGCACAGCCAGCGAGUCUGACUGUCAGCUCCUCUAUGCUGUGUGUGGUACUCGCUUCUGCUAGUGAAGCUGGCUUCUCUCUCUUUGAUCCCUGUAAUAUGGGGGAUGAGAGGGCGGUGCAGAGGAAGGCAAGGGCCUGAGUCCUUUGGCAGGCAGGUGGGGCUUUCUUGUCUCCGUAAGGCUAAUGCUGAGAACAUUUUUAUUUUUAUUCAUGGAGAAAGGUAGCUUCUUUACAUGUUUUCUGAAUAGAAAUAAAAUCUCAUAGAAGCUUAAAA